AUGAGCUUUACCCAACUUUCUGAUUUGGUCAAACGUAACCGUGCUGUUGACAUCAACCCACCCCCAUCAGAGUCUGACAUCAAUUUAACCAGCCAUGGUAGUGACUGGUUAUGGGCCGCUUUUUCAGUAUUUGCUUUACUUGCAAUUUGCCAUGGUUUUAUCUACAGUUUGGUUAGUGUACGCAGAAGUGGUAUCAAGAAAUCAUUGUUGACAAUUCCAUUGUUUACCAAUGCUGUUAUGGCAUUUGCUUACUACACGUAUGCUUCAAACUUGGGUUACACUUGGAUUGAGACUGAGUUCCACCACGUCUCCACUGAUAGGGGAUUAUUUGUGCGUCAAAUCUUCUACACAAAGUUUGUUGGAUGGUUCUUGUGUUGGCCAUUAGUUUUGGUCAUCUUUACUGUUAAUACUCAUACAAGCUUGACAGAUGACAGAGAAGAUAUCUUGAAAAAGAUUUUGCAAGUGUUUUCUGCCAUUUUUACCAGAAUCUUAUCAAUUGAAGUAUUUGUUUUGGGUUUGUUGAUUGGUGCUUUGAUUAGAUCUACUUACAAAUGGGGUUACUUUACCUUUGCAACUGUUGCUUUGUUGUUCACAAUCUAUCUUGUCUGUGUCGAUUUGCACAACAGUUUCCAAUCAGUCAACAAGAGCUUGGUUGCUAAUUUGGUGAUAAUCUUUGAAAUUGUCGUUUGGAUCUUGUAUCCAGUUUGUUGGGGUUUGUCAGAAGGUGGUAAUGUAAUCCAACCAGAUUCAGAAGCUGUAUUCUAUGGUAUCUUGGAUCUUAUCAACUUUGGAUUUGUUCCUGUCAUUUUGACUUGGAUUGCUGUCAACACUAUUGAUGAGGACUUCUUUACCAAGAUCUGGCACUUCCAUUUGAACAACAAUGUCAGUGUAGAACGUGAUGCUGAAAAGUCUGUUGGUGAGACUACCCCAAGACACUCUGGUGAUACCACAGUUGCACCAGCAGGAGUUCACCAAGAAGAGGAAGAGCAUGUUUAA